GGCCUGAAAAUGUGGCUUAGAGAGGCCAAAAAAUGACCAGUGGGUGAGUGGGGCUUCCGCAAUAUUCAGUCUAUAAGACGCACAGACAUUUUAAUUCCCUUUUGGGAAACAAAAAGGUACGACUUAAAGUCUGAAAAACGCAGUACAUAUUUUUCCUUGCAGCUAAGUAAAUGGUUAGUGAACUCUUCUGGCAUGUUCAUCAAUUUUAAUUUGUGUCUGUUUUAAUAGAUUACACUAUUCUUUAAAUGUCUCUGCUAUUGAAUCUCUUACGGCAAUUGCUGGAGUAUUAUGGUGUGGUCCCAGAACUGGCCUUGCAAAGGUGUAAAUUGUAUCUAAAUGGCCUUAUUCGUAUGAUUGGAUCUCGUCUUUCUUCAAAUACCUUUUCACGAAUAUACUUCCAAGAAUUAUGUAUUAUUUCCAGGAAUUGUUUGAUAUCCUGGGUUUCAGAAGGAAAAAGAUAUGGACCUACCCGAAGUUUUGUUCGUAGAUUGGGAGCGUGUCUUACAUUAAUUCCUUUUUCAAGACCUCACUUUCAGCUUGUCCAAUGUCUGAAGACUUCAGAGGAACAAUACAGGAUCGUUAAUUCUGUUCAACCGUCUCUUGCUGAUGCCUUGUGGGUGGUAGAUGAAGACAGAAAUCCAUGCACUAAAUUCAGGCAAACAUUUCAGUUUAAAUGUGAGGCAUGGGCAAGUUUGCUUUAUCCCAAAUGUCUUGGCUUUUUGAAUGCUUACAUUUAUUUACACAGUGGUAUCCUGAUAUUUUCUAGAUUUGAGGAAUGGAGAGGGGUUGCCACUCCAUCUGUACUUUCUUCGCCAAUUUCUUCAAAAGGAAAAAGUGAAAAAACAACUGUUGCGGGUGAAGAUGCAUUCCAAAAAAUUCAUGUUCUUGAAAAUGAAUUAGCACAUCUUCGUAAACAGAUUGCUGCAAUUUUGGCAGCAGAUAGGGCAGUAAAUGAUCAAUCCCGUUCAGAUAUUGGGAUUUCAUCAAACACUCCUAAUGGUUUCCUGCAGCCAGGAAUGUUUUCUACACCAGCUCCUACUUCUCUUUGUAAUGUAUUCAUACCUCCACCUCCACCACUGCCACCUUCGUUUGGGUUAAAAUCUGAUUUUGAUUCCCACAAUUCGGCAGUUCAACUUAUUAAACAACGUCGGGCUACAAAGACUGAAAAGAUUAAAGAUAGGGCUGAACUCCAGAAGGUUAAAGCUAUUCCUGAUAUGAUGGAUGUUCUCAAGGAUAUAACUAAUGUUAAACUCAGAGCUAUUGAGAAAUCUCCUGGGGGUACACCUCUACCCAAAAGAAAUAAAAUGAAGCCAUCUCAAUGGGACCCAGCAGCUUUAAUAGCAGAAGCUCUUAAAGAGAAAUUUGCAUCACAAAGCGAUGAUUCAUUUGACAAAGAGAACAGUUCUUAUGGUGCUUCACCAUUUUCUAGUCCAGAUACUCCAAUGGUUGACUGUCGCAUUUUGAAGCCAAGCAUGAAGCAGCGACUUAACAAAACUGAGGAAGCAAUAAAUGUAUCAUCUUCAAAAGCAAAACUUCAUAUGUAGUCACAAUGUUGAUCUUGUGGAGCCAGUGUGACUAUUAGGGGAGGACCUUGAUUGUUGGGGCUAAUAUGCUGACUCUGUAAACCGCCUAGAGAGGGCUGGUAUAUAAGUCCAACUGCUAUUGCUAUUAGGACUACUUUGCUUUGAUUCUAUUGUACAGAGACUUAUAAAUCUAAUUGUUCUGAAUUGUGCUAACGGAGUGUUGACAUAUAUAUUUUUAAUUGCAUUUUUUAUCAGCUAUAAUUCUCUGCAGUUUUUUAUAUCAGUUUUAUGAUAUUGGUUGCAAAGUGUUAGUAAAUAUGUAAACAGAUAGUAAUAUAGAAACAAAAUAUCAAUAGAGGGGAAAGUUACAUUUUAACCUAGUUUAAACAAACAUACUAUAUUAUUAAAAAAAAUGACACCUUCCUUAAAAAGAAUGUUAUUUCCUUGAUAUAUGGAAAGAGUCAUUUUAAGUUUCUCUAACUGUUGCUUAUUGCAUUUGUUUCCUUUUGUAUACAAGUUGUGAACUCUCUGCAGUUGCAAAUGGAGUGGAAGAUUAUGAAGAAACAUUGGGAAAUAUAUUUAUAUUUUAUGAUGCAAAGGUUACUAAUGUGACUUCUUAGUAUCCCUGUAAAUGUAUCUUCUAAAAUUGUUUUUUCAAUAUCUGUGCAAGACUGUUAUGCUUCUUCAUAAUUUAAAUGUAUCAGGUUUCACAGCUCUUGUAUAUUUGUCAAAGUUUAUGCAGGGUCAUAAGCUCUCAUUAAUAAUUAGUCCCUUGUCUUGUAAUGCCCAGAUGCUAAGCAUAGGGGAGUCAUCUAAAAUUAGUUUAGACAUCUCCACAAAUAGCUAAACCAGCUUUGUCUGAGCUGGUCCCAGAAGCAUUAGGCAGCAGUGGCUACGAAUCCCAAGACUUAAAUGUUGCCUAUUGCAGAUGUAUGUUUACCAUUGCUACUGGUAUGCUCUCAUUUUUAUAGUUGUUUGAAAUUCUUCUGUAUACAAUGGCAUUGUAUUGUUCUCAGCAGUG